CAAAAGAGAGAGAGAGAGAGAGAGAGACUAUGUUUGGCUUCCUUCUUACAAAAUUAGAGUUUGUGUUGAAAACUUCGAACUUUUUUGCAUUAAACAAAUGUUGGAUUUGAACCACACACACAUCGACUAUGGUAAAAUGCGCUUGCUUUUCCAAUGUUCAUACUAAUUUAUUCUGUCCCCCAAGUUUGCAAGUCAACUCGAUCUCGGUUUAAUAUUAAAAUGGAUCAACCAAGGAAACGCAAAGGUAAAAAAGUAGGUGUAAAGGAAAGGGACCGUUGGUGCUUGAUCUGAACAGAAUGGAAAAGAGUCAGUGAGGCAUAUGUAUGAAUGAUGUUACGAAAUAUCCAAAAUAGAAAAAAAGUAAAAAAGAAAAAUGGUAAGUGGGGGGCACUGGGAUAUAGUCUGAAGCUCUGGGGUAAAUGAACAGAAAAAGUAAAGAGUUGGUAGUUGCAGUAAAAGCUUAAACCGUACCCAAAAAAAAAAGAAAAGAAAAGAAAAAUCAGGUGCAGGUAUUUAGCUUCAGAGUCCAACUCUUUGUGUGUCUGAUAAAUUUCCUUUUGUUUUGUUUUCCCUUAUUAAAUAUUUUAGUUGCCUUUAUUUUUAUGGAUUUCCGUAGAGAUGUCAGAGACAAGGGGUGGCAGGCAGAAGCAGAAGAUGCAGAGAGUUGCAGUCAUAAUAUGAUCAGAGAGAAAGAGAGAACUCAAUGGCAAGAGCUGGAGCACCAAGCCCUGAUCUUCAAGUACAUGGUCUCCGGCAUCCCCGUCCCUCCUGAUCUGCUUUACACCAUUAAAAGAACCUCUUUGGACACUCCUUUCAUUUCCAGGCUCUUUCCCCACCAAUAUCCAGACGUUGCAGUUGGAUGGAACUACGUGCAGAUGGGUUCGGGGAGGAAAAUCGAUCCAGAGCCUGGAAGGUGCAGAAGAACAGACGGCAAAAAAUGGAGAUGCUCCAAAGAGGCAUACCCAGAUUCUAAAUACUGUGAAAGACAUAUGCACAGAGGUAAAAACCGUUCAAGAAAGCCUGUGGAAGUUUUGAAAACAACAAACUCUAAUCCAUCCACCCCACCCAUCUCAUCCAUCACCCACAACUCCUCCACUCUCUCCUCUUCUCAUUCCUUUGGUUCACUCACCAACUCUGAAACUCAUCCCCAUCCCCACCCUUUUCUCUAUCAUCAUGCCUCUGCUUCUUCUGCCCAUCCAUCCUUGCUUCCAGAUUACAGAAGAAAUAGGAAUGUUUAUGGGGGGAAGGAAGAAGAUGUUGAUCAGCAUCCCUUUGUGAGGGAACAACAUUCUGGUAACAUGAGAGGCUUCUCUGCUUCGUCUAUGGAAGAUCCCUGGCAGCUAACUCCUCUGACAAUGAGCUGCUCUUCCUCAUCCUCCAGAUACAAGAACGGCUCUGCUUUACAAGGCGACUACUCUUCUUACUUGCAGCUGCAGAGCUUUGGAAAAUAUAAUGAGAUGCAGAGUAAAAUGGAAAGAGAUGAACCACAGAAGACUAUGCAUCAUUUUUUUGAUGAAUGGUCUCCUAAAGAGUCAGACAGAGAGUCUUGGGUUGAUUUGGAUGAUAAGUCAUCAAAUACUGGCUCAGUUUGUGCAACUCGGCUUUCAAUGUCUAUUCCCAACCAUGACUUCUCCUCCAUCUUCACUUCCAAUAAGCAUAAUGAAAACUGAAAUCCUGGUUUUUCCUUUGUGCACAUUUAGCAUUUUGAGAAACAAGGCUACAUUUGGUUUGUAUUUGGAAUCCUAUCCAUGACCCAGCUGUUAUCAAAAUGCCAUUACAAAUAAGUUUUGUUUGUUUGUUUGAUUUUCUUUGAUGACCCACUGGGGUUGUGUUCUGACUUUGUGUCCAAAUAUGUACUUAAGUGAGAGAAAUGAAAUUGUAUGAGGUGGGUGGAGGGGUAAAUGGAUUUGUUUGUUUGGAUGUU